ACCAUAUUUCUCUCUCUCUCUAAGAGACGCAACCUCGCCGCCGUUGUGCAAUUCUCCCUUGCAAUCCGAUUUCCCUCCCUCGAUUGCAUGCACCGCUCAGUCGCCACUCCUCUUGCUUCGUUUUCACCAUUGCUCGGGCAUUCUGUAGAGACCAAUUUCGAUCUCGGAGACUACGUCUUGAGGCUGAUAGGGCCACACUAGGGUUUCGUGUCGCGUCAGGGUUUGGUUGUGAAGAAGGGUGGAGUUGGAAAGGGUGUGGUGAAGGCUGUUGCGGUAAUUGUAGGUGCCGGUUUUAGGAUUUGGAUUUGCAGAGGCGGUGGAACCAGGGUGAAGUCGUGGUGGUGGAGAGGUUGGCAUUUGAAGAAGGUUAUUUUUUUUUGGUUUAGUUACUUUGGAGGAGGUUGUUGUUGUCGUCGUCGGCAGAAGGUGCGAUGGAUUGGAGUAAUGUGACGAUAGAUGAGCUUGCGGAUGCUUUGAAGGAGGUCGAGUGGUCGCAACCGCCCCGUCCUUUGACAGAGUUCUUUGCCAAAUUUGCUGUCCCGAAAACGCAAUCGAAAUGGGAUGGGCGCUUCAAGUGCAACAUUUAUUAUUACCGGACAAACUACUUUUGUCUGUUGAUUCUCGUUCUUGUGAUUGCCUUCAUGCGUAAUCCACUGGCAUUAUUGGCGGUAUUUUUGACAGCUCUUACUCUAGCCUGUCUUAACGAUAGUUUUGCCGUGGCGCUUAGUGAAAAAUUGACAAGGACAGUACGAAGAUUUUCUCCUCCACUCGCUCACAAAUUGCGUGCCCCUGUAUCGACGGGAACAAGAGGGCGGCCAUUGAAAGGCAACGUUUACAUUUGUGGUCGUGAUCGUCGCCUCUUCGUAGCUGGCUUGGGAUUUGUUACCACGCUAGUAUGGUGGUAUUCUGCUGCUGUCUUGACCGUUUUCGGAUCUCUACUUAUUGGGAUUGCAUUACCGUUUCUACAUGCAACUUUCCGUACUCCAAAUUUGAAGGCCCGGCUGAACUCUUUCCGAGAGGAGUUUCGUGCAGUUUGGAGAGGCUAUAGUGAUGCUUAAAAUGGCAUCUCUUGAGACAACCAAGAAUAGUCUGGACGUCAUUUUCCACCUUAUUUGUAGAGGAAUGGUAACAGUCUCGUUGUGAAAGCUUGGAUACUUGUUGCUUUACUAUAAUUUGUACUUCGAAUACCAUAAGUUCGUUCAUUUUUCUAGAUGUGCUACCAAUCCUGUGGCAAGCUACUUUAAUUGUCUAGUUCACGAUUUAAUCAAUCCGUGUGUUCAGAAUUUUACCACUGUACAGGUUCCAGUAGACAAUGUCUCUCAUUUUAUUUGCUGAAGUAUAUAGUCUUUGUCAACUGUAAUUAGACGGGGCUACGGCUCGAAGUGAACACUUCUCUGCUUUUAGAAUGCGCCAGUUGUGCAAAAGGAAAGUUUUCUUAAUGCACACGUAAUGCCGAUUAUUCCGUAAUAGGGAAA